UACAGAUAACAACCUCAUCUUUGUACGGUUUUUGUCAAUAUGUUUAAAGCAGCAAAUUAUUUUUCAGUCAAUGUAGAUUUGAUUUAUUCUUUAAGAGUGCAGUCACAAUAAUUUCUUCAAAAUACUUUUUAUUCAUGAAAAAAAAAAAAAAAAAAAGUGUUGAAAUUUCAUUAAAUGUAAAUGAAUGAUUUUUAUAAAAAUGUUGUAAACAAAAAUUUUUUCAGCACAAAGUCUAGUCUGCUAUCAGCUUAACCUACGAAAUAAUUUGAAUUUAAAAAAAUGUAUAAAAGUGGCAAAAUAAUAAGAAAAGAAUUCAUCGAUUACUUCAGCACUGAACUUGAUCAUAAAUUAAUACCAUCAAGUUCAGUAAUACCAUGGUGCGAUUCAUCAGUACCAUUCGUAAAUGCCGGUAUGAACCAAUUCAAAGGAAUAUUUUUAGGGUAUCACGAUCCACCGGCAUCUAAAGUAACCAAUCAUCAAAAAUGUAUAAGAGUCGGUGGCAAACAUAAUGAUCUAAAUGAUGUUGGUCAUGAUACUUAUCAUCAUACAUUUUUUGAAAUGCUUGGCAACUGGUCAUUUGGUUCCUAUGGAAAAGAAGCUGCAUGUAAUUACGCCUGGAGUACUCUCACUAGAUUGUAUGGCAUUAAUAAAAAUAAUUUGUAUGUCACAUAUUUUGGAGGUGAUAAAAAAUUGAAUAUCGAUCCUGACUUCGAGUGUCGAGAAAUUUGGCGCAAAAUUGGAUUAUCUGAUGAUAAAAUACGUCCUUGUAGUGACGACAAUUUUUGGGAAAUGGAUUUAUUUGGACCUUGUGGUCCUUGUACUGAGAUUCAUAUUGAUCGUAAUUAUUCUAUAAAUAAUAAUAUCAAUAAGUUGCAACAAAAACAAGUUGAUGAAUUAACAGAACUUUGGAAUAUUGUAUUUAUUAAUCACCAAAGACUUAAAAACGGAUCUGUGGUCCCGCUAGAGAAACAAUUCAUUGAUACUGGUAUGGGAUUUGAGCGUUUGGUUGCUGUCUUACAGAAUAAAAAAUCAAAUUACGAUACAGAUAUUUUCCAACCACUUUUUCAAGCGAUUCAUGAUAAAUCUCAUGCUCCAGUUUAUCGAGGUAAUUUUGGAGCUGAUGAUGUCAAUAAAUUGGAUACAAAUUAUCGCAUACUAGCAGAUCAUGCUAGAAUGAUUACGGUGGCACUUGCUGAUGGUAUGAUACCAGAAAAAAAUCAUAAACUCAGACGAGUGUUGCGCAGAGCUUUAACUAUCGCAAUUGAAAUAUUUAAAGCUGAUAAUUUACUGAGUGAACUUAAUUAUCAUGUCGCUGAAAGUCUUGGUGAUGUUUAUCCAGAGAUAAUUAAAAACUUAAAUCAGAUCCAAACAAUUGUAAAUUAUGAAAAAGAUUUGCUGAUAUCCCAGCGAGCUUCAGCAGGAAAGCAAUGGGAGAAUCUUAUUAAAAUGAAACCAGAGUUGGUAGGAAUCAGCGAUCCCUUUGCUGCGGGUCUUAUUAAUGCGUACAAAGAAUUGCAGACAAUUAUUAAGAAUAAUAAUAAUAAUUUUUCUGUAUUACCUGGAAAAAUAGCUUUCAAAUUUUAUGAUACCUAUGGAUUAGAUUUAGAAGCAAUAAAAGAACUGGCAGAGAUUGAAGAUUUGUCUGUUGAUGAACAAGGAUUUCAUGAUUAUUUUGAGAGUGUUAAAAUAAAUUCAAGAAUUGGUAGCACAAAAAAUAAACGUAAAUUCAUUUCUCCAAUUACUGUGGAUCAAUUAAAAAAUAAUAAUAUACCAAAAACAGAUGAUUAUUAUAAAUAUAAAUAUACUUUUGAUAAUAAAUAUAAAUUUGAUCCGUUAGAAUGUUCAGUAGUAGGAGUGAUAAUUGAUGGCAAUUUAGUAACUGAUAAAAUUGUAAGAAUUGAUGAAACGCAAUUUAAGUCUGGAGAAAUAGGAUUAGUUCUUGAUAAAACACCUUUUUAUGCAAACGAAGGAGGACAAUUGUCAGACAAAGGACUGAUAAAAGUAAAUAAUCUUAAAUUUAAUAUUACUGACGUUGAAAAAUCACAAGAUUACGUUAUUCAUUAUGGAAAUUUUGACAGAGAAACAAAUAUUGAACUGAGUACGAAUGAUAAAGUUAUUGCUACGAUUGAUGGAGAGUAUCGCACGGGAUUGAUGAUGAAUCAUACGGCGACGCACUUGCUGAAUGCUGGGCUGAGAAAAAUAUUCCCAGCAAUUGCUCAACGUGCCAGUGUUGUAACUAACAGAGACUUGAUAUUCAAAUUUAGCACAUAUGGAAUUAAAUUCAUGCCCCAACAUCGUCUCGAAUUGGAUUCAUUGGUAAAUAAAUGUAUAAAUAAAAAAACAAAUGUCGAAACAAAGUCUAUAAAUAUGUUUGAAUUGACGAAUGAAAAAAAUUUAACAUUAAUUCCUGGGGAAAUUUAUCCAGAUACUAACUUGAGGAUUGUUAACAUUCAAGGAGAUUUAAUAUCAAAAGAAGCUUGUUGUGGAACUCACGUACACAAUACUGGAGUUUUAGAAAAUUUUUCAAUAAUCGAUGUGACACCAAAGAGUUCAUCUCAAUAUAUUAUUAAAGCUGUAACUAAAUCUGAUGCUAAAAAAUCUAAUAAUAAUAACAAAAAUUCAAAUGAAACGACGCCGAUAAAAAUAAAUUAUUUAGAUAAUGUCAAAAGUAGCGAUGAUAAAAAAAAAAUAGUCGCGGCUUUUAUGAAAUCAGAAAUAGAAAAAGCAUUAGAAAAUAAAAGCGGUCCAUUUAUAGUGCAUUGUCUUGAAUCAAAUGACAUUGAAGCUGAAAGUGUUCCUCUACAAAAAGCUGUUGACUUUUGUAACUUACCGAUGUUCUUAAUUGUCAUGUCGAAAAAAAAAUUAAAAGUCCGUUGCUUUGUACCCAAGGACUAUCAAUCAAGUUCAUUUAACGCCGAAUUAUGGAUGGAUUCAAUUAAAACAAUUUUACCAAUAAAACUAGGAUCAUUUCAGGAUGAAGAUGUUCUGGAAACAUGUCACACUAAAAUAUUAAAAAUUCCACGGGAUAAAAUUAAACAUCUUACUGAUAAUGCAGUAACGGAAGCUGAAAAAUUUGCUUCACUGUAUUUUAAAUCAAAGAUAAAUAAAAAAUAAUAAUUGUUACCUUAAAAACAUAAA